GGGCUCUGUGCUCCAGGCAGGAAAGGCAGUUCAGUGAGGGGAAAACUGAUCCUAACGGGUGGGUGAUGGGUACCCCAGGAUUGCUCAGGUGACAGGCAUGGCCCAAGUGGUCAGAAAGGCUGGGACCUAAAGUGUAAAGAGAAGGAAAGGGCAGGGGAGUUCCUGGGGACAGCCAGAGAGAGUUUUGGGUGGGUUUAAGUAGGGGGUCAUGGUGCCUAGUCUGCAUGUUCUGUCUGAUGGCCAGCCAACCAUGAUGCUGUAGGCUAGGUCCCCUGUUCUGGGGAGGCCAGAGUUGUAGCCAGAGAAAGUGGGGCCAUGACUCUUGGGUUCUGCCCCAGCCUUUAGCCUUCAGCUUUCUUCCAAUGUGGGGCAGGACACCCUGGAACCAUUACCUCUACUGUCACCUGAGUGAGUCACCUGAGUCAGGUAUAAGGGAUGGUCUCCAGGUGACCUGUGCCAUCAGGUGAGUAUGGGACAGAGACAAGGUGUAGCUUACCAGUUCCAGGAUGCAUGGCUCCCCUAGCACUCUGUCAGCCCCUCCCUGCCCCAACACUGUCCUCCUUCCUGGCAAAGCCUAGCAUGGCUGUUGUCUACAGGAGGAGCAUCCUUGUGGUCUGAGGAGAUAACCAUUGUCUGGAGACCAUGCUCUUAAUCCCCAGCCUGGCACUGAGCCACCUGCAACCCAGCAGGAAAUGACCAUGGCUCCCAGCCUGACUUAGCUGAGCCUGGAUCCUUCAUGUAGGGAAGAGCUGACUCUGAGCCCUGGCUCAUCAAAGCUGACUCCUACCCUAGACCCUACACACCAGAUAGAGUUGAUCCUGAGUACCAGCCCAGCCAAGCUGACUCUGGAUCCUGCAUGCCAGUCAGAGUUGACCCUGAGAUCCAACUGGCCACGCUGACCCUGGAUCCUGCACACCAGCCAGAGCUGACCCUGAGCCCCAGGCUAGCUGAGCUGACCCUGGGUUCUGCAUGCCAUCCAGAGAUGACCCUCAGUCCUGGCUCGACUGAGCUGACCCUGGAUCCCGCACACCAGCCAGAGGAGACCUCAGCCCCCAACCUGGCUGAACUUACCCUGGAGCCUGUGCACUGCCGACCUGAGCUCCUGGAUGCCUGUGCCGACCUCAUCAAUGAGCAGUGGCCCCGCAGCCGUGCCUCCCGCCUGCAUUCCUUGGGCCAGUCCUCAGACGCCUUCCCCCUCUGCCUGAUGCUGCUGAGCCCCAGCCCCACACCUGAGGCAGCCCCCAUCGUGGUGGGCCAUGCCCGCUUGUCACGGGUGCUGGACCGGCCCCAGAGCCUCCUAGUGGAGACAGUGGUGGUGGCCCGGGCUCUGAGGGGCCGUGGCUUUGGCCGCCGCCUCAUGGAGGGCCUGGAGGUUUUUGCUCAGGCCCGGGGCUUCCGCCGACUACACCUCACUACCCACGACCAGCUGCAGUUCUAUGCCCACCUGGGCUACCAGCUGGGUGAGCCUGUGCAGGGCCUAGUCUUCACCAGCCAACGGCUGCCUGCCACCCUGCUCAGGGCCUUCCCCAGAGCCCCCUUUCCCCGGCAACCCUGCAAGGCUUCUAGUCUGACUGCCCAAACUGCCCCAAGAGCCCCCAAGGGGCCAUCAUUGCCGCCACCUCCUCCCCUGCCUGAGCCCUUGACCACCUCACCCCCACCUCCUGCAGGGCCCCCUCCACAAAGCCUGCUGGAGACACAAUACCAAGACCUGAGAGGAUGUCCCAUAUUCUGGAUGGAAAAAGACAUCUGAGGGCUACCCAGGACAAGGCACUGUCCUUCAGGGUUGAUGGACUGCCUAGGACAGUCUGGGCCUCAGCCCAUUGGCCAUACCAUAGUCCCUAGACCCUGGGAGCAGCUUUAGCCUGGCCAUGUUUCCUGAGUACCAGUGGGGCCAGUAGAUGGCUUCAUGGCUGUGGCUCAGAGCUGUCAGUGUGGCUGAAUAAAGGCUUCUGUUGGA